AUGAGAAACCGUCGGAGCUGGCUCGCCAAGUUCCAAGACGUCAAGCUGAGAAGGGAAGACUACGACACCAGCUUUGCUCGGAGCAGCGGUCCGGGCGGUCAGAAUGUAAACAAGCUAAACACAAAGGCAGAGGUGCGCCUCGACCUCAGCCAGGCAGCGGCCAAGCCGCCCCCGCCGGGCACUCCAGACGCCAGUCCGCGCAGCUGGCUCACCCGCGAUCUCGCAUCCAGGCUCGCCAAGCAGUCGUCUUACUACGUGGCGUCGUCGCACUCGCUGCUGGUCACGAGCAUGCGCCAUCGGACACAGGAGGCCAACCUGCAGGACGCCCUCGACAAGCUUCACGCACACGUGCUCGAGGUCGCAUCCGAAGGCAUCGUCGGCGAGACGAGCGAGGAGCAGCGCCGCAGGGUGAGGGCGCUCGAGGCUGCAGAGCAGCGCAGGAAGAAGGCCAACAAGAUCAAGAGGAGCGACGUCAAAAGCGGCCGCAAAUUCAAGGGAUAA